AUGGCAAGUACUAUUUUGAAGUACGGAAUCAUCGGAGUUGGAAUGAUGGGUAGAGAGCAUCUUGUGAAUUUGCACCACCUUCGCACGGAAGGCGUGGCUGUCGUCGCUGUUGCUGACCCUCACGUUCCCUCACAACAACUCGCUCUUCACUUAGCACACUCCUUCGAUUGGCCUCUCAAGGUUUUCUCAGGUCACCAGGAGCUGUUGGACAGUGGACUUUGUGAUGUUUUGGUGGUAUCCACCCCUAACAUGACCCAUCAUAGGAUUCUUAUGGACAUAAUCAAUCAUCCCAAACCCCAUCACGUACUGGUAGAAAAGCCCUUGUGCACUACAAUCUCUCACUGCAAAGAGGUUAUCAAUGCUGCUAGAAAGAGACCAGAUAUAUUGGUACAAGUUGGACUGGAAUAUAGAUACAUGCCACCUGUUGCAAAGCUGAUAGAAAUAAUUCAGGGAGGAAACCUUGGACGAAUCAGAAUGGUAUCAAUUAGGGAGCACCGGUUUCCUUUUUUGGUUAAGGUGAACAAUUGGAAUCGGUUCAAUAUUAACUCAGGUGGUACUCUAGUAGAGAAGUGUUGCCACUUCUUUGAUCUGAUGAGGCUGUUUGUUGGUGCAAAUCCUGUUCGUGUGAUGGCUUCUGGAGCAAUUGAUGUUAAUCACAAGGAUGAAAUAUAUGAUGGAAAGGUGCCAGAUAUCAUUGACAAUGCAUAUGUUAUUGUUGAAUUUGACAAUGGUUCUCGAGGAAUGCUUGACCUUUGUAUGUUUGCCGAAGGGAGUAAAAAUGAGCAAGAAAUAUCUGUUGUAGGUGAUAUUGGAAAGGGAGAAGCCUUUGUUCCUGAGAGUGUUGUGCGGUUUGGUACACGAGAGGGGGGGCGAAAUGAUGUCCAGACUUUGAAAGUUGAGGAUCACCGAAUAAAAUAUGAUGGGUUACAUCAUGGGUCUAGCUAUCUAGAACACCUGAACUUCUUGUCUGCAAUCAGAGCGAAAGGAGAAAAGGCGCCUAGUGUAGAUCUCCAAGAUGGAUUAGUAUCUGUUGCUAUGGGAGUUGCAGCACAGCUCUCUAUAGAAUACGGUCGAUUUGUUACUAUUCAGGAAGUUAUGAAUGAACUUAGAAUUUGA